AGGUUGGUAGCAUUGGAGCCAAUAUUCAAACAUAAACAUCUGCUGCUGGAAUUAAGCAAAACUCCUGGGUGGUUCAUAUGAUCUCGGAUUCCACCGACAACAUAAUGCUAUUCAACAUUUUGCUCGGCGUAUUAGUGAUAAUGAGAGCACGAAAUUAGCACACAACAAAAUGAUGAAGCACUAUUCAAAAGGCGCCAACAGGGAGGAAGUGUUGGCCGCCCAUCAAAUUCCCAUCGACAACUUACCAGAAGAUUUCCUUUGGAUGAAACUAAGCCCUCGCAGCAAAGUGGGCACAGUACUACAGUCAGCUCUAAAGGCGUUCAAUGAUGAAUCACAGAAAUGCGUUGUGUGGAGCGGAUCCGGCGCUGCCACAGAGAAAGCUGUUGCCUGUGCAGAAAUAAUGAAGAAAAGGUGGUCAGCCCGCGUCAGGUUGCACCAGAGGACCAAAAUAUGCUUCUCAAAGGCGGAAGAGUUGUGGGAGCCAAAGUUGGAUGGCCUAGACUCCCUUGUAGUUCUCAGAGAAAUCCCUACAAUCUACAUUUUGCUUUCAAAAGAAGCAAUUAGGUAACCAUAAAUACAUAUUAUGUUUAAUGUAUUGUUGAAAUAAAAAUUAAAAUUGUGACUUCAAACAUGAAA